GUUUUUGGAGUAGCUUAUAUAAGAUAGUUGCUGCUGCACUUCAAUGCCUCAGCAUCAAACCCAGAAAUUAGCUCAACCCACCAUUCCAAUCAAACUUUCUCCUCAAUGUUCCUACAUAAUAUUGAGAUUUUGGAGUCUCUCUUGCUCUCUCUUUCAUGCCCUUUAGCUCCUAGACACACCCCACUCCCCACUCCUACUCUACCCAAUCUUGACCUUGACCUCCACCUCAAGUCUUUCUUUCUUUCAGCUCUCUCAAUCACUCACUGAAAAAGCUUAUAAAUUUCCUUCACACUUCUCAAACCAAAUCCUCCACAUUUUAAAUCCAAAGCACAACAACAACAACAUUAAAACACGUACCACUUUCAAGAAACUAGCUACUCAAAAAAAAAAAAGUUUCAGCUUUCUUUCCACCAUUUCAUGCCAAGAUUCAAUCUUUCAACAUCCCAUCUCUUCCAAUGUCCAAGAACACUCCUAAAACCGAAGAAGACAAUGGAUCUGACCCUGACCCAACAAAAACCAAACCGUACACGUGGCCGUCUUUAGCAAAACCCAUGAAACUGCCACACCCACAAAAACGCUCCGUCCGCCCUCUGUUCAGCAUUCUCCUCCUCAUAGUCUUCGCCGCCACCGUCAGCUUCCGCGCCGUGCUCCGCCGCGCCGACGUCAACCUCAGCCUCAGCCUCGGCGCGUGGUCCCCGCAGAAGAAAACCCACGUCUUCAACUUCAACUCCACGCUCCUCAAAUACGCGUCCGUCGACAUCUCCGAGCCACGCGCCAAGCGAGAGACAGAGCAAUUGCUAGAUGGCAACUUCGCGAGCCAAGGCCGGUACCGAACCUUCGCCACGUGGCGGAGAUUCGACACCCACCAAGACCUCAGAGCAAGAUCCUCUAACAGCGUACCGGUCCUGCUUCGCUCGCCGAGGUUUUAUCGGUAUUGGUUGCAGUUCCGAACUGUCUUACAUGACUGGGCUCGAAAGAAAACCUCGUUCGACCCCGAAAUCAUGUCGGAUUUGAUAAGGUCAGUUAAACUGCCAUUAACUAACAAUAGCAAGCGCUACUCUUCUUGUGCGGUCGUGGGCAAUAGUGGGAUUUUGCUGAAGAGUGAGUAUGGGAAGCUAAUCGAUAGCCACGAAUUCGUUGUGAGACUGAACAAUGCUAGAACGACCGGGUUCGAGCGCAAUGUGGGGUCUAAGACCAGUGUUUCGUUUGUAAAUAGCAACAUUUUGCAUUUUUGUGCUAGGAGAAACGAGUGUUUUUGCCACCCAUAUGGGGUUGAUGUCCCAAUCGUUAUGUACAUUUGUCAGCCGGUGCAUUUCGUGGAUUACACCGUGUGUAAUUCGACGCACAAGGCGGCUUUGAUUGUCACGGACCCGAGGUUUGAUGUGUUGUGUGGGAGGAUUGUGAAGUAUUAUUCGUUGAAGCGUUUCGCGGAGGAGACGGGGAAGUCGUUGGAUGAUUGGGGGGUGGUUCGGGAUGGUGCUAAUUUUCAUUACUCUUCGGGUAUGCAGGCUGUGAUGUUGGCUUUGGGAGUUUGUGAUAAAGUUAGUGUUUUUGGGUUUGGGAAGUCGAGUUUGGCUAAGCAUCAUUAUCAUUCUAAUCAGAAGGCAGAGCUUGGGUUGCAUGAUUAUGAGGCUGAGUAUGCUUUUUAUCAAGAUGUCAUUGAGAGGCCGUGGAAAAUACCAUUCAUUUCGAGCAAGUUCAAGUUUCCUCCUAUGCUCUUCCAUAGAGGGAGUUGGAGGAACACAAAUGUUGGAAAUUUCUGUUUCAUGUUCUGGCCCUGUACUAUCAAAGGUAGUUUGGGGGUGAUAUUGCAAGUGUAAAAUUGGAUUCUGGGAAUAUGAUUCAGGAUUGGGGUUCACAUUUCU